AUGAUGUGUCCUGUUUUAUUCAUUAUUAUGCUUAUUCAUGCAUCCAAAUCAGAGACGCAGACAAGCAACUGUAAAGAAAUGUUACAGGGAUAUUUGACGGGACAACUCUCUUCUGCUCUUGGGUCAUACCAAAUUGAGGCUUUAAAGCGGGAAUUCAAAGGUUUAGCUGAUACCAUGGAAAAAUCAAUUAAAGAGUUUAAGGAGCAAGUGAAAUCUGAUUUGAAGAUGGGAUCUGGAGAUCCAAAGAACAGUGCUGUGUAUAUAAGGUGGGGAAAGAAAAGUUGUCCCUCGACAGCCCAACUCGUCCAUUCUGGUUAUGUAGGAGGAUCAUUCUAUACUCACACCGGCGCUGCAGUUGAUCCCCUUUGUUUGCCAAGAAAUCCCGAGUGGGGUAAAUACAAAGAUGGAGUUGAGGUGUAUAGAGGUUAUGUGUAUGGGUCAGAAUAUGAAACAAAUGAUAUACAAUUGACAAACCUUCAUGAUCACAAUGUACCAUGUGCUGUAUGUCUUCUGAGAGAUAAAUCAACUACAACAGUUUUUCCGGCCAGAAAAUCCUGCUUCAGAGGUUGGAGGUUAGAGUACAGUGGUUACCUUAUGGCAGGGUAUCAUGGGCAUAAGUCUGGUACUAUGUAUACUUGUGUGGACAAAAUUCCGGAUACUGUUGUUGGGGGCCAUGCUAACCAUAAUGGCUACCUCUUCUAUCCAGUGGAAUCUCGCUGUGGAUCGCUGAAAUGUCCACCCUAUGUAGAAGGACGAGAACUUACCUGUGCUGUUUGUUCUGCGCCAUGA